AUGUGCCAGGAUCCUCGUUUCCGCCCCAUCCCCGACAGGGCCAACGUCGUCAUUUCGAAAGGACUUCUGGGCUUCGCCUUUCGAUCAGUGGGCCAUCCCUUUACCUGCGCAGCAGCCUGCAAGUACGUGAAGCGCAAGGGUGGCUGCCGAGAUGGCGCAAACUGCCUUCUCUGCCAUGAAUGCUUCUGGUCCAAGACAUCUUCGAAGGACGGCGAGAAGAGGAGCGAUGACCAGGCCAAGGAGGCUGAGGAAGCCGUUCGAGCGAGGCCUGUCUUCGUCUCGACCGAGGAGGAUCUCACGCUCAAGUUCACGCGACUUCUCUCCACCUCCACCGAGGCGUGCUCGCUGCUGACUCCGAUGCAGCAGGACUCCUAUCCCGCCCCGGACGUGCUUGGCUUCUCCAUGGGCACCUUGGCGAGUAAUGUCAAGGAAACCAUUCAUGAGUAG